AUGUCCUGGUACUAUACGCCUGUCCCUACGGUGGUUCCGGUGGAGGGGUUUGAUGCUUCCGCGGAUGCCAAUGCACUGCGCGGUGCAAUGAAGGGCUUUGGAACGGACGAACCAGCCAUCAUCGACAUUCUUUGCGCUCGUAGCAACGCCCAGCGUCAGCAAAUUAUGGAGCAGUACAGCAGCGAGUUGGGUCGGGAUUUAAUUGAGGACCUGAAAUCCGAACUGGGAGGCAAAUUUGAGGACGUCAUCGUCGGUUUGAUGAUGCCACCGGAAAAGUAUCUGUGCAAGCAGCUGCAUAAAGCGAUGGAUGGUAUGGGAACGGAUGAGGACACGCUCAUCGAGGUCCUUGCACCGCAAACAAACGAAGAGGUGAAGAAGAUCGUCGACUGCUACGAGGAGAUGUACAGCCGACCGUUGGCAGAGCAUUUGUGCAGUGAAACCGAUGGUAGCUUCCGGCGACUGCUUACCAUGAUUAUCGUCGGUGCUCGUGAUGCACAAGGUACAGUCGAUGCGGAUCUUGCUGUGGAGCAGGCGAAACAAUUGUAUGACGCCGGUGAGGGUAAGCUCGGUACGGAUGAGGAAGUGUUCUACAAGAUCCUUGCCCAUGCAUCCUUCGAUCAGCUGGAGAUUGUGUUCGAAGAGUACAAGAAACUUUCUGGUCAAACGAUCGAGCAAGCCAUGAAGAGCGAAUUGAGUGGUGAGCUUUACGAUGCACUGAGUGCGAUCGUGGAAUGUGUCCAAAUGGCACCUCAUUUCUUUGCCAAACGACUGCAUAAAGCUAUGGAUGGGGCCGGCACGGACGAUGAGAAGUUGAUUCGUAUCAUCGUGUCACGAUCGGAGAUAGAUCUCCAAAACGUGAAGGAUGAGUUCGAGCAGAUGUACAACAAGACGCUGUUGAGCGCUGUACGGAACGAGUGCUCCGGAGACUACAAGCGAGCUCUUUGCGCCCUAAUCGGCGGUGCCUAA